UCGCUUCCAAUGGCGCCUUUAACGCUUUUGCGGAACGCCUUACGGCCAGGACAAUAUGCCCUUCGGCAAUGUCCUCUCCGUCGUGUCUUGCCAAGGACUGUGCGACGGUCCAUCACCCAGGGAACUAUACGCAAGAGGAUUGAGGCAGAAUGGGAGUGGAAAGAGCAGGCGAAGCAGAUCAGAAAAGGCGAGAAACAAAGUUUUUUAAGCUUUUUGGAAGAGCGCGGGUACAUCAAGCAAAUUGCUGGUGGAAGAGACAUCCUCGAUAGAGCCAUGACCGAUAAACGCCUCGGCGCAUACGUGGGAAUCGAUCCAACAGCCCCUUCGAUGCACGUCGGACACAUCUUACCUUUCAUGGUCAUAUUCUGGAUGUAUCUACACGGAUUUCACGCAAUAACACUCCUCGGCGGCGCCACAGCCAAGGUCGGGGACCCUACGGACAGGCUCCAGGCCCGGGAUUUGGGAAACUCUGCUACUCGCAAAGCCAACAUGGCUGCGAUGCAUUUUCAAAUAAAAAAGAUAUGGGCGAGCGUGGAAGUACAAGGACGGAAACAUGGCUUUCAAAGACAAUGGUCGUGGAGGCGCGCGCUGGUGAAUAACAACGUAUGGCACCAAAAACUGACGGUGAUAGAGUUCUUAAAGGUCCUGGCUUCAGGCAUUCCUCUAGGCCCUCUCCUCAGCCGGGAUACAGUCAAGAACCGUCAAAAAAAAGGGAACGGCAUGUCAUUUGCGGAAUUCACUUAUCCUCUGCUUCAGGCCUGGGAUUGGUGGCACAUGUUCAGUCACAACCGGAUUACCAUUCAGGUCGGUGGAUCUGAUCAGUUCGGCAACAUUGUGGCUGGCAUAGAUGCCAUAAACUAUGUCAGAAGGACCGUACUCGAGCCUCUAGUUCAAGAGCAAGUACUCCCGCCGACUCCCGACAAAGAGUAUAUGUGGGCUCCCUAUGGCAUUACUGUGCCUCUCCUAACAACGCCAUCGGGCGAAAAGUUUGGCAAAAGUGCUGGAAAUGCAAUUUGGUUGGACAAGGAGAUGACUAGCAGUUAUGACCUAUAUGGGUUCUGGAUGAAAACUCCUGACUCCGAAGUCGAGCGCUACCUGAAGCUCUUUACGUUCCUGCCUCUUUCGACCAUCAAGUCUACGGUACAAGAGCACAUGAAGGAUCCGUCGCAACGUGUGGCUCAGCACCUUCUUGCCGAGGAAUUCGUUGAAUUGGUUCAUGGGCAGCAGUCCGCAAGGGAAGCUGCUGCGCAGCACAAGGCGUUCUUUCUCGGGCGUGCGACGAAAAACAAUGAUGCUACUGCCGGGAAUGUUCCGAUUGCGUGGGACAAUGCUCCUUCGACCAGAGUUAAGCUCCCUGAAUCACUCGUGUAUGGGCAGACAUGGAGCAGUAUCCUCUGGAGCGCAGGUUUGGUAGCUAGCAAGGCCGAGGCGAACCGCUUGAUUCAAGCGCAAGGCGCUUAUGUGGGAAGCAGGCCAGGCCAAGUCGGAGGUAUGGGUGACGAGGUCAAGUUCACGCCAAUCAAAGCCCCGCAUCAAGGAGACGCGGUACAAUACAUCUUCGACGAGAAGCAUUUGCUGCUGAGAAUUGGUAAGUGGAAGAUCAAAUUCGUGGAAAUCAUUAGCGACGAAGAGUUCAGGGAAAAGGGUCUUGAGGUACCGGGCUGGCAAACCAAAGCUGAGGGCGCCAAAGCUGGGGGCGCCAAAAAUCAAUGAAGCGGAUUGUAAGUCGGGGGUUGUGGGAAAAAAGUUUCAAAUAGAUGCCAUCACGCCGCUCAAAUAUUACUCCUAUAAUGUAAGAGGUUUUGCCAGAG